CAAAAUCCUCCCCCCCCCCCCCCCCCCCCCCCCGAGUCCUUCCCCCCUCAUCUGCAAAACAACCACCAGCAGCAGCCGCAGCAGCAGCAGCCAAAGCAAGACUCCUGCGCCGCCGACUACAAGAGGGUUAAAAGUGUAGAUUGGAUUUCACCCCGGGAAAUCUAGCACACGGAGUGAACUUGAAUCUUUGGCUAUUUAAGGAGGACUGGGGUUUGUUGUGAAGUUCUGGUGAUACAGGGCAGAGCCCCGUCCUGAUUGAUUUCAUCUUUCUUGAGUCUCAGAUGACUGUAAAAUGGAUAGAUGAAAUUAUUCCUUUUUGAGGCUUUUCUUAGGGGCUCUCCGGGCAGCGUGUUCUCAAAGCGAAGUCAUGAUGUAUUCUCCAAUCUGUCUCACUCAGGAUGAAUUUCACCCGUUCAUUGAGGCACUUCUUCCACAUGUCCGUGCAAUUGCCUAUACUUGGUUCAACCUUCAGGCUCGAAAACGCAAGUACUUUAAGAAACAUGAGAAACGAAUGUCAAAGGAUGAGGAAAGAGCAGUCAAGGAUGAGCUACUUAGCGAAAAGCCUGAAAUUAAACAGAAGUGGGCAUCCAGGCUCCUGGCCAAGCUGCGCAAAGAUAUUCGCCAAGAGUUCCGGGAGGAUUUUGUGCUCACGGUGACUGGGAAGAAGCACCCAUGCUGUGUAUUGUCCAAUCCUGACCAGAAGGGUAAGAUUAGGAGAAUCGACUGCCUGCGACAGGCUGACAAAGUCUGGCGUCUGGAUCUAGUCAUGGUGAUCCUGUUCAAAGGCAUCCCCUUGGAAAGUACGGAUGGAGAGCGGCUCAUGAAAUCCCCACAUUGCACAAAUCCAGCACUUUGCGUCCAGCCACAUCACAUAACAGUAUCAGUCAAGGAGCUUGAUUUGUUUUUGGCAUACUACGUGCAGGAGCAAGAUUCUGGACAACCAGGAAGUCCAAGCCACAAUGAUCCUGCCAAGAAUCCACCAGUGUACCUUGAGGAUAGUUUUGUAAAAUCUGGAGUCUUCAACGUGUCAGAACUUGUGAGGGUGUCCAGAACACCCAUAACCCAGGGAACUGGAGUGAAUUUCCCAAUUGGAGAGCUUCCGAGCCAGCCAUAUUACCAUGAUAUGAAUUCGGGUGUAAAUCUGCAGAGGUCCUUGUCCUCUCCACCAAGCAGCAAAAGACCCAAAACUAUCUCCAUAGAUGAAAAUAUGGAGCCAAGCCCGACAGGAGACUUUUAUCCUUCUCCAAAUUCACCAGCUGCGGGGAGUCGGACAUGGCAUGAAAGAGAUCAAGUUUCUUCAUCAUGCUCACUCUCUUACACCUCACCCACCUCUGCCAACAGUCAAGAAUCAAGAUGCCAGCAUACCAUUAAAACUGAAACAGCUGGACCGCCUUCACCUGUUGAUUGGCCAGCAGCUGUUGGACCCUCCACUUCUCAGGUCCCGACCCCCUUUGUUGGAUACCCCUCAUCUGGACACUUGUCCCCUUUUUCUCUCUCCCCACCCACUGGACAUUCCUUCCCCAUUGGGGUCCUUCCUGAUGGCUCUUUCCUUCUUGGGCCUUCUUCUCAUCAACUGUCAAAGAUGGAUGUUCUUAUUUCUGAAGUGAGGGAACUAAAAGAGGAAGUAGUUAAUGUGGUGCAGGAGUUGAGAACAGUAACAGAUCACCUUGGCUUUUUGGUGGCCUGUGUGGGACAGAGUUCAGGAAUUUUUCCAGCUCCCAGUGUUUCUUCUGAAGGGUAAUGCUUUAGAAACUCAUAGUCUCCAUCUAACAGAUGAAUUCUUCUUGCAAAGUUUUACCUUGACGAACGUCUGUUAAAUGCGUUUCUGUGUUUUUGACUCAGUCUGAGUUCUCAAAAUCCUUGUAUGUCAAAGCAUGUUUUAAAGCAAUAUAUGUCUUGUUAGUAACUUCUGUUACAUCUGCCUUUGUAUUUUCUAAUAUUUCAAAAUACUCUUCAGUCAAUGUAUACACAUAUACACACACAUAUAUAUAUACACAUAUAUCCAUGCAUACCUUAUGGAUCUAUUUGAAUUUUCUAACUAGUAUAAUGUGUGCACAGUAGUCAAAUACUGCCACUUGGUAAGAAUUUUUAACUUAAUAUUCAUAAAUUAAGGGGUACUUUUUAUCAAGAAUAAAUUUUCAGAGUGUAUUUCCAGAAAUAAUUCUUAGUCAUGGCUUCUCUUAGCCCCUUGGCUACUAAAAGUGGCAUCAAACAAUAACAAACAAUAGCAUUAGAAAGGAAGAGCUGCCUAAAAGGCUGGAAGUUGAGUUCUCCUCUUUCUUCCUGUUUGCAGAACAAGCCAUUGACAGUGUUCAAUGAAUGGGCAUCAUGCCUGCUCGUGAAAAAUUGGCAGUUCUACCAUGAUAGUUAAAUUUAAAAUCAAUAGUGAAUUGGUUUACUUUUUGUUUCCAUAGUGGCAAUUUUACAAGAAAAACUCCUAGCACAUAAAAUAAGUUAAAGAUUAUUUCCAUCAAGAUUAAAAUUGCUUUCUUAUCUUUAGAAGUGGAAAGGCACUAGGUAUAGAAAAAUAGGGGAAGGAGCUUUCAAAUGCUUAUUUAAUUAAAAAGGUAGAGAAAGAAGAAAAAAAUUC